AUGGGAUUACAAACACUAUCUGGACCUGUUGAUGAAAUGUUGGAUGAAGAAACACAAGACUUAUUAAAAAAAGCAACAAUUUAUCAUAUUCCAGAGCAAUGGCGUACUAAUUUCUUUGGUGAAACACAACCGACGACAUUAAAUAGUCGGUUAAUGAGUAUUAGCAAUAAACAAAAAGAUUAUUUGACAAAUCAAUUGGUCUGGCUUGAUUAUGUCAAUGUAUGUAUAAUAAUUUCUCAACAACUGCCUGCAGCACAAAAAGCAUCACGCUCGUCUUCAGCGUCAACUCAAACUGCCGUUCAAAAGAAUGCUUUAAGACAACAUAAUAUUUUUCGUCGUCGACAUUGUGUUUCAGCGUUAAAACUAAAUAACACUUUGAAUUCAAUUGCUCAAAGAUAUGCAAAUAAGUUGGCAAAUACAAAUACGUUUGUACACAGUAAUAAUAAAUUAAAUGGGCAAAGAUUAGGAGAAAACUUAUGGCAGACAACAAGUUCAAGAAGACUGACGGCUGUUGAUGGUACCAAAGCAACCGCUGACUGGUACAAUGAGAUAGAUUUGUACGACUUCAGAAAGCCAGGAUUUUCAUCGGCAACUGGUCAUUUUACGCAACUAGUUUGGUCAGCAACUAAAUCACUUGGUAUCGGUAUUGCUUACACAAAAGAUGGAAAAACCGCUUUUGUCGUCGCAAAUUAUUAUCCAGCAGGAAAUGUAGCUGGUAGCAGCUAUUUUGAACGAAAUGUGCCAAAACAAAAACAAAAGUGUUAG